AGAGAAAAAAUAUGACAGAUGAUUGUGAUCGUGUGCGGAUGAUUGUUGCUGCUCGUGGUCGUGAAGAAGUUGUCGAAGAAUAAAAGCGCCUCUAGAGUCUUUAAAUAAAACUGAGUUGACUUAACUUACAAUUAUCUUUAACUCUCUUUAAAUGACAAUACAAGUUACGAUAUAAAAAGAGUAUUAAAGUAAUAAAAGAGCUAGAAGAGUGAGAGUAAGAGAGAAAAUAUAUCAUCACUGUGAUUGUGAGGCCGACUAUCAACAUCAUCACCAUCAUCAUUUAAAAAGAGUCCUCCUUCACCCGUUUUUACAUUUUUUUUUCUCCGUAUAUAUUUUUGUACGGCAUUAUAUAUAAAGACUGCUAGUUUUUUUUGUAUCGUGGCAGAGGCAUUUAGUCCAAUAUUUUAUAAAAUAUUUUAAAAAUGGGGGACGUCAUAGACUGCAAUUUUCCUGUAUGGGGCCUCUUGCCAAAAAAAGAAACUGGAGUUAAUCAAUUCCUUAUUAAGUAUCCAGAGUAUGAUGGUCGUGGUACCGUUAUUGCUAUCUUUGAUUCUGGAAUUGAUCCUGGUGCUCCAGGAUUACAGGUGACAAGUGAUGGAAAACCUAAAAUUUUAGCACGUUUUGAUUGCAGUGGUGAUGGAGAUGUUGAUACCAGUACUGUUGUACAAUCAGAAGAAGGAUUUAUAACUGGUAUUACCGGUCGUAAAUUAAAAAUACCAUUUAAUUGGACUAAUCCAACUGGUAAUUAUCAUAUUGGUGUUAAAGAAGCAUACCGUCUGUACCCAACAAAGUUACGUGAAAAAAUAUCUGCUGAACGUAAGAAAAAAUAUUGGGAUGAUGGUCAUAAAUCAGCAUUAGCUGAAGCAACACGAAAACUUCAGGAGUUUGAGGCUAAAACUCCAAAUCCGACCAGUAUUCAAGAUAAAUUAGUCAAAGAAGAGUUGGAAGCCAGAGUUGAAGUUCUGCAGAAUGGAGAGAAAAAAUUUAAUGACGCAGGUCCGACGUACGACUGCGUCGUCUAUCAUGAUGGGAAGAUGUGGAGAGUGUGUAUUGAUACGUCCGAAGAAGGCAACUUGGAAGCAGGAAUUCAUCUCGGCGAGUACUCGAUCACUCACGAGUACGCUCCCUUGACUCAGCAAGAUCAGUUGAAUAUAUCUGUAAAUAUUCAUGACGAAGGAAAUACUCUUGAAAUUGUGGGAAUAUGCGCAAGUCACGGGACGCACGUAGCAUCAAUCGCUGCGGCGAAUUUUCCUGACAAUAAAGACAUAAAUGGUAUAGCGCCUGGUGCUCAAAUAAUAUCUCUAACAAUCGGUGACAAUCGUAUAGAUCCAAUGGAAACUGGAACUGCUUUGGUCCGUGCGAUGAUUUGGAUAAUGCAAAAGAAAAUAAAAGUACACGUAAUCAACAUGAGCUACGGAGAGCAAGUGCACUGGAGUAAUUCCGGGCGCAUAUUUGAUUUAAUGAACGAAGUUGUUGACAAGUACGGAGUCACAUGGAUUGCAGCUGCAGGUAAUUUCGGACCGGCUCUGUGUACUAUUGGAACACCGCCGGACAUUAAUUCAACAAACAUUAUCAGCGUGGGUGCUUACGUCUCGCCGGACAUGAUGAUAGCCGAGUACUCGCUGAGAGAAAAAAUGCCGGGUAUGCCGUACACUUGGUCAUCUCGUGGUCCGAUGAUUGACGGCGGGACUGGUAUAACUUUGUGUGCUCCGGGAGGUGCUAUCACCAGUGUUCCUAAUUUUACACUGAGGAAAAGUCAGCUGAUGAAUGGAACCAGUAUGGCAAGUCCACACGUUGCUGGAGCCGUGGCUCUAUUGAUCUCAGGUCUUCAAGACAAACAUUGUCCUUAUUCUCCGUACAGUAUAAAACGUGCGCUAGAGAAUACAGCCUUGUACAUCGAUAACCUUGACUCGUUUGCUCAAGGCUCUGGGCUCUUGCAAGUUGAACGGGCGUUUGAAAAUCUUGUCGCCAAUUGCCAGGCAAUAGAGCGCGAUGUCAGAUUUGCAAUCAACUGCGGUGUUAACAACUCCAAGGGUAUUCAUUUGAGAUCUGGCGUAAUAGACCGUCCGAAAGAUUGUGCAAUAACUAUUGAGCCAAUAUUCCUAGACACCGAAAAUGUUGACGCAUCCCGUAAAAUAAAUUUUAAUUUACGGCUGUCACUUGUAUGCGACGCUUCCUGGGUACAAUAUCCCUCUCACUUUGAACUUAUGCACAUGUCGCGUGCCUUUACCGUCCGUAUUGAUGGUGUUAAACUCCCAGAAGGUGUUCAUGCAACGAAUAUACGCGCUUAUGAUGUUGAAAAUGUGGAAAAAGGUCCGGUAUUUUCAAUCCCCAUUACCGUCGUCCAGCCACUGGCUAUACAAAAAUUGAUGAAUUUACCGGAUCUCCAUUACUCGCGUGUCCUCUUCAAAGCUAACACUAUUGUAAGACACUUUAUUCUAGUCCCUGAAGACGCGACCUGGGCUAUGCUGAAAAUCAAAAGCACUGAUAAAGAAAAGACUGGUAGAUUUGCCGUGCAGACGGUGCAGUUGAAACCGCGCUUAGCUUCUCGCACACUUCAUACCAAUAAGAUGAUAAACGUCACCUCACAAUCGGAAUCCGUCCAGGGAUUUGCCGUCCAGGGUGGGCUCAUUGUCGAAGUUGUUAUCGCUAAAUAUUGGGCGAAUCUCGGGGAAAUAUAUGUCGACUAUUCAAUUGAGUUUCAUGGUAUCCAUAUACUAGACAGUAAUCUUACAAUGCAGUCCGGUGAUGGUAUCCAUCGUAUGGAACUACGCAGCAGCUUGAGAAAUGAAGAUAUCGUACCGAGUGUUACGUUGAAAUCAAUUGUUCAGGUGUUAAGACCAACUGAAUACAAAAUAUCACCGCUUAGUGCACGUGAUGUUAUACCACCAGCUCGUCAAAUUUAUGAAUUGCAGUUGACGUACACAUUCCACAUUGCUAAAGCUACUGAAGUAACACCGAACGCUGCUUAUCUAAGUGAUUUGCUCUAUGAAAGCGAGUAUGAAAGUCAACUGUGGAUGCUUUUUGAUUGUAAUAAACAUCUUAUUUACUCUGGUGACGCUUUCCCGUGGAAGUACACGGUUAAAAAAUUAGAAAAAGGUGACUAUACAUUAAAAAUGCAUGUACGUCAUGAAAAAAAAGAUCUACUGGAACGAUUAGCAGACAUGGCAAUACUGUUAAGUCAAAAAUUAAGUUCACCAGUUAAUUUAGAUGUUUAUGCCAAUCACUCGCAAGCUAUUAUUGGUGGUAAAAAAAUGGUCGCUGCUACAGUACCACCAGGGCAUAUUCUUCCUGUUUAUAUUGCUCCAAUGAAUAAUGAAAGCAAAAUAUCAAAAGGUGCAACUCUGGGUACUUAUCUCCAAGGAUCAGUAACUUUCUGCAAAGAUGAGACACGUAAAAAAGUUGACUGUUAUACAUUUAAGUAUGUACUCUCAGAGGCAGCUAAAAAAAGUCCGCCGGUUGUUAAGCCGGAUGAUGAAAAGGUCAGCAAGUGGGAUGAAUAUCAAGAUACUUUGCGAGACAUCAAGUGUACAUGGCUCGCUAAAUUGGCACCAUCAAUAAAGGCAACCGAACACGCAACAGCUUUGUACAAUGAAUUAAGAACGUCAUACCCAGAGCAUUUACCAGUACACACUGCCAUGUUGACAUCGUUGGAUUCUCCAGAAGCACGACGUCUACUUCCUCACGACGAUCUCUCAGAAAGUGCUAUUAGUUUUGCCGACCAAAUGAUUGACGUUGCGGACAAAGUUAUCACAGCUAUCGAGCAGGAAAAAUUACUGGCCUUUUAUGGUAUGAAACACGAUCAAAGACCGGAUGCUAUGAAAAUAAAGUCAACGAUGGACAAACAGAAGAAUCUAUUAAUUGAGGCAUUUGUUAAAAAAGGUUGUGCUUAUGCACGACUAUAUAUUCAUGCGCGAAAACGAGGCGAAACUGAGGCUGCGAUGCAUCUUUCUACUGUAACACAAAUUUGGAAUGACGUACAGAAGUACGCAGAGCCAACGGAUAGCAAAGUUUUAAUUCUGUCAUUAUGGCACGCACAUAUUAAUAAACAUUACGGGCGUUAUCUGAAGCUGCUGACUCGUUACUAUGAAGAAAAACCAGUAAGAGACAUUGAUGAGAAGUUUGUUGAAAUUACGAGGACUGUUGGUUGGGAUCACUGGGCACGUCAUAUAACAACGAGCUUACCUACACGUUAUCCAAAAGCAUACAGACCGUUUUAAUUAAUUAAUUAAAUUAAAGUGCUAAUUUUUAUUAAUAAUAAUUAAAUAAAACGAAUAAUUAAAACUUAUUUUUUUUUUCGGUGCAAGUGCAGUGAUAAUAUUAAACUGCGUUAUUAACAUUAUAUUUUAUUUAAACACUGUAAAAAAUUUGCGGAGUGAAAGUGGAUUAGAUCCGGAGUUAAUUCGAAGUGAAUGCGGAGCGGAUGACUGUUUGUUUAUUUAAUGACCGUGAAGUUAGCCGAUACCCGCCAUUUUAAAAAUGAAAAAGCUUAUAACUUUAGAAAAAAAAAAAAUUUGCAAAUUUAAAAAAAAUGCUCGUGUAGAUUUUUCAAUUUUCUAGACGAGUAUUUUUUUAAAAAGAUCAAAGAAUAAAUACUCGAAGUACAAUUUGAAAUAAAAUUUUAAGAUUACUUAUUUUGUAUUCAAAAAGUUUUACAAACCUCAUUACUUUUUGAUUUUUAUAUAUAAUUUUUCAAAAUCUAGACUAGUAUUUUUUUUAUUUUUCACUUUUCCAAUUUUUUAAUCUGGAAAUUAACUGUUUUUGAAUAAAAUGUCUUGUAAUUUUAAAGAAAACAAAAAUUUUGAAAUUUCGAAAAAAUACUCGUGUAGAGUUUUCAAUUUUCUAAACGAGUAUUUUUUUUAAACGAUCAAAAAUACUCGAAUUGUUAUGUUAAAUAAAAAUUCAUAAAUUUAUAAUUAGUCAAAAGCUAAUUUGUUUUUAAAAUUAUUAAAAUGAUUAUAACUCGGAAACUAUGGACUUUAGCGACUUGACUCAUAGGACUUUUUUCAAAGGGAACAAAAUUUCCUAUAAAAUUUCUAUUGACAUUUUUGAUGUCCUUUCAUUGGCUUAUGUUCUGCAAGCCAAUAAAGGUCAAUUUCAUAGGAAAAAUGAGUUCCGCAACGGACACAAGUGAAACAGCUGAAAUUACAGCUAUAGCUACUUAUAAGUAACCAUGGGUACUUUUGAAGAACACCAAAUGCCCUACAAUUUGCGACCAAAACCGCCUUGAUAUCAUGAAACACAGCUGAGUAUUAGAAAGUUAAAAAAAAAGUAAUUUAAUUUACGUGUAUUUUAAAUGGGAAAUCUUUGAAAUCAAAUGGCAAGUACUUAGCAUUGGAAUUAAGAGCUCAUAUUUGGUGAGAAAUUUUUUUUUCGAUGUAGAUUGAGAUUUUGCUUAAGCACUUAAAAAAAAAAACUUUCGCGGAAAUGAAUAUAUAUAUAUAAAAUAUUAUUUGAAAUUUCAAAAUUUGUAAACAGCGUCAAAACUUUGUAAUUCUGUCGUAAGUACACUCUCGUAGUCAUAAAUACGGGAGCCUCCGACUAUAAAUUUUAAAAACAAAUUAGCUUUUGACUAAUUAUAAAUUUAUGAAUUUUUAUUUAACAUAACAAUUCGAGUAUUUUUGAUCGUUUAAAAAAAAUACUCGUUUAGAAAAUUGAAAACUCUACACGAGUAUUUUUUCGAAAUUUCAAAAUUUUUGUUUUCUUUAAAAUUACAAGACAUUUUAUUCAAAAACGGUUAAUUUCCAGAUUAAAAAAUUGGAAAAGUGAAAAAUAAAAAAAAUACUCGUCUAGAUUUCGAAAAAUUAUAUAUAAAAUUCAAAAAGUAAUGAAGUUUGUAAAACUUUUUGAAUACAAAAUAUGUAAUCUUAAAAUUUAGUUUCAAAUUGUACCUCGAGUAUUUAUUUUUUGAUCUUUUUAAAAAAGUACUCAUCUAGAAAAUUGAAAAAUCUACACGAGCAUUUUUUUUAAAUUUGAAAAUUUUUUUUUUUCUUAAGUUAUAAAAUUGCGAGUGUCGGCUAACUUCACGGUCAUGUUUAUUUAAUCUCCUUGGAGUGAAAUUCACUCCGAAGGGGAAUUUAUUUAAAUAUUAGAACUUCGGUUAUGAGUGAAAUUAACUUCUAAAGGGAAUUUAUUUAAAUAUUAAAACUCUCAAUUUACUCCGUAUGCGGAGUGAUUUUUUUUUUAAACCCCGGGACUCACUUCAAAUUUACUCCUGAUUUUUUACAGUGCAAAUAAAUAUCAUCGAUGUGUUGAUUAAAAAAUAAGCUCAAAUUAACUCGAAUUUUAUAUAAUAAUUUUUUUUUUUUUUUUUUUCGAUUAUUGAUGUAAUUUUUUUCGCAUUGUAUCGGUGCGAGUUAUAUAUGGCAAUCACUUUUUACAAUAUUUUAAAAAAACGAUUAAAAAAAUUUUAAUGUAAUGAAAUAUUUACAAUGUCUUAUGGUGACGUUGUAUGUACAUAUAUAUAUGUGCGCAUACGUGUACUAAUAAUACUUAAAAAUACUUAAGACAGUUAUUCUUGGACGUAUAUACGACUUUAACUUUUUACAUACUUAAUCAUGUAUUUUUAUUUACACAUUUAUUGUCAUUAUUAAUUUUAAACUGCUCAUACAUAAUUUAUGUACAUGAACAAGGACCCGAGUAUAAAUAUUAUUAAAUGAGAAAAGAUAAAAUCGAAAAAAAAAAGUAUUGACAAUGCGUGAUUUUAUGUAAUUAUAUAGUAAAUUAAUUAUUUACGUGAUAAAUUGUUGUAAGAUUGUAUUGUCUUGAUGGGCCGAUUAAUUAAGUGACGAUUAAUAAAGAAAAGAAAUAAAAAACA